GCCAAUCACACAGACAGACCGCUGUGGAGGUAAACAUGGCGGCCGUCGGACCUCUGGGAAGAAUUGCUCGACUGGGCUCCAGCAUCUGCAGGAACCAGCGUUUGAUUUGCAACAGAAGCUCACAGAGACGAGGAAUAGCUUCUUGUGUCGACCCCGCUCAUGGACUCUCAGAGGAGCAGAAGGAGUUUCAAGAAGUGGCUUUUAACUUUGCAGCCAAUGAAAUGGCUCCACACAUGGCAGAGUGGGACCAACAGGAAAUCUUUCCAAUAGAGACCAUGCGGAAGGCGGCCCGGUUGGGGUUUGGCGGGAUCUACGUUCAGCCGGAUGUUGGAGGAACGGGCCUCUCUCGGCUGGACACAUCCGUCAUCUUUGAGGCCUUGUCCACAGGAUGUGUCAGCACCACAGCUUACAUCAGUAUCCACAACAUGUGUGCCUGGAUGAUCGACACCUUUGGCAACACUGAGCAGAGGGAGAAGUUCUGUCCAGAUCUCUGUUCCAUGGGAAAGUUUGCUUCCUAUUGUCUCACUGAACCAGGCAGCGGCAGCGAUGCGGCUUCCCUUCUGACCACGGCUGAGCUGAAAGGUGACCAUUACAUCCUGAACGGUUCGAAGGCCUUCAUCAGUGGAGGGGGAGACACGGACGUCUAUAUUGUGAUGUGCAGAACGGGAGCUAAAGGAGCCAAAGGCAUCUCCUGUGUGGUGGUGGAGAAAGGAACCCCGGGCCUCAAUUUUGGCAAAAAAGAAAAGAAGAUCGGUUGGAACUCCCAGCCGACCAGGGCGGUGAUAUUUGAGGAUUGUGCCGUUCCAGUGACCAACCGGCUCGGGGCGGAGGGGCAAGGAUUCACCAUGGCGAUGAAAGGCCUGAACGGAGGCCGAAUUAAUAUUGCGUCCUGUUCUCUCGGGGCGGCACACGCCUGUGUCCAGCUCGCCAGGGAUCACCUGUUGGUGCGCAAGCAGUUUGGAGAGACGCUCUCCAACAACCAGUAUCUUCAGUUCAAGCUGGCAGAAAUGGCCACCAAGCUGGUGGCGUCUCGCCUUUUGGUGCGUGAGGCUGCAACAGCGCUGCAGGAGGACCGGCCCGAUGCCGUUUCUCUCUGCUCCAUGGCCAAACUCUUUGCCACAGACGAGUGCUUUAACAUCUGCAACCAGGCUCUUCAGAUGCACGGUGGUUACGGUUACCUCAAAGACUACGCAGUGCAGCAGUUUGUCCGAGAUAUCCGAGUGCAUCAGAUCCUAGAGGGCACCAAUGAGGUGAUGAGGAUGAUCAUUUCCCGAAAUCUGCUGACCGAGUCAUGAUGCGUCUUUCCCCUGGUUCUUCUUCAGGAGUGACCAUAUUGUAAUGGUCUUCAUCUCUGGUUUGUUACUGAGGGACUGGUUUCCUGAAAUACCCUCAGCAUCGUUGGGGAUAAAACAGCCAGUAAAAUGUACGUUUUUCGAUAAUAGUUUCAUUUUUAGCAACACUGCCAGCAUUUAAAUUGACAAAAUCCUCACCAGCAGUGGUGAUUGUCUAAGAAUAGUUAGAAAAGAACGAAAAGUUUGGUUUUGAUUUUUCAUUUAAACCUUAUCUAACCUUAUUUAUAUUCAUGGUUACUGUGUCGUUACAUGACGUGUGGCCUGCCACAGAUAUACAUAUGGCUUGUGUAGUGUGGGUUAUAUAUUUGAAAUGUAACACUCCAAAUUAAAUAUCAACUUUCAUAAAAUUAA